AUGCCGCUCCUCCACAGAGCUCUACCACUCAAGCAGAUACAUGAGGACGAUCCUGACAGUGUUACGGAGCCCGAGAGUGAGCUUGAUGUGCCCCCCAAGCCUGUCCAGCCCGUCCAACCUGUCCAACCCCUCGAGAAUGAUCCUGACAGCAUUACGGAGCCCGAGAGCAGUGACAUCGACAUACCUUCAUCAACUUUGACAGCUACACUCAAAAGGAAGUCAUUUUUCGCAACACCAAGUCCACCACCCCCAAACUCUAUCUAUUGGAAGCAUGUCUCACGUGAAGAGGAUGCGAGAUGGUACGAUCGAACAGGAACAGAUGAUAGCUUUCGAGCUGUUCGCCAGAUGAAACAGGAACUUGAGCAGCUUUGA